AUGAACGAUCAUCUUAAAAGUCGCAUCACGCCCGCUCCGUCCCUCGAAGGUACUGCUUUCGGUUGCCGUGAAGCUCAACGCUUUACGAAGAUCGAUGUGAUCCAGGCCUUCCACCGUCUCCUCCUCCCGUUCGGUCUGAAGGUAGGUCCCGCCUGGUUCCAGCAGUUUAUCAACGCGCAGCUUCACGAUCUCCUCGACCGGUGCGCCAGCGCCUACGCAGAUGACGUCCUGAUCUACUCGGAUAAAGAAGAAGACCACUGGAAAGACUGUCAAGAAGUGAUCUGGCGACUCCAUCAGGCCAACCUCCAGGGAGACAUCAAGAAGUCUAGAUUUAACGUGACCAAGGUUGACUACCUCGGCGUUCUGCUUGAAGCCGGUGUGGGCCUUAGUGUCGACCCUCGGAAAGUUCGAUCGAUACAAGACUGGAAGUUUGAAGACCUCCGAGACCGCACCGCGAUCCGAUCAUUCGUUGGCCUAUGCAACUUCAUCCGUGUUUUCUGCUACCACGCCUCGGGAGUGGCAGAACCCUUGAACCGGUUGCUUAAGAAGGAUGUUGCCUUUGUGAUGGGCCCGGAGCAACGCGAAGCAUUUGAUCAACUCAAGCGCCUGGCUAUCGAAGCCCCGGUCCUCGCCUUCUUUAGACCAGAACUGCCGACCCGACUGGAGACCGAUGCCUCCCGGAAUGCCACAGCUGGUGUUCUAUGGCAGGAACAGCCUGAUCAGACCUGGAAGCCCAGUCUAGAGCACUUCUACCCAGAGCUCUUAGGCCAGAAGUUCGAUGUGAUCACCGACCACGAAGCCUUAGUCCAUUUCUCUACGAAGCGCCUGCUCUCGGUACGACAGAUCAGAUGGUCCGACUUUCUCGCCCAGUUCGACAUCCGUUUCCUCUACCGCCCCGGUCGACUGAACGUAGUCGCCGAUGCCCUCUCAGGAAGACAGCCGAGCUUCCUACCGCUUCGCGACCGACUCUCUAGACCCUACGGCCGCCGGCCACCUGCCCCUCAGAACUUUAGUCCCGAACCUAAGCCUACUAGACCAUUAGUUCUGAGGGCCACGGGUGCCCUACAGACCCCAGAAGACCAAGGGAUACAGCAGACGCCCGAUCAAGACCGCCCAGAACUAGACCCGAACUCGGUCCCGAAGGGAGCCGAACUCGUUUCGUUGAUCCGCCAAGAGAACCUCCUCCAAGACCUCGGCACCCAUGGAACACACCUGAUCGUACCAGCCCAGACCUCAGACAAGCAGACGUUUCUUCAGACCGCGCUCAUUCGCGAAGCCCACGAGCCCCAGAUCUUCGCUCACGCCGGACAGAACAAGGUGAUCAAGCUGCUCCAACGAGACUUCUACUGGCCAAGGAUGAAGGAGGAUAUCCGUCGUUAUAUUCGGAACUGCCACGACUGCCGCCGCAACAAAACCCCUCGAGACAAGACCCCUGGACUGCUCCAUCCACUGCCCGUGCCGACUUCUGUUUGGGAGCACGUCGAAUGUGACGGGAAGGAUAUGCCGAAAGACCGUUACGGAUAUGACUAUGUUUGGACCUUCGUCUGCAAGCUAAGCCGGAUUAUCGCCACGCUCCCAGGAAAGAAAACGAUACGGCAGAAGUCUUAG